AUGAUGGGACCUGUACAUCUGACUCCCAGAGAGAAGAAACGGGUAUACUGCUCGAACUUCGUUGAGUUCCAGAAGGAUCUGGAGCUGUUCUAUCAACAAGACUCCAUUGACGAGGGACCAACCAAAGACAAAGAUCUGUCUGUAAACGAUCGAAUCGCGUUGAAGACUAUAGACCAAACCCUUUGUUUCCGCGAUGGUCAUUAUAUGUUAGCCCUACCUUGGAGAACUCACCCAUCAGUCCUUCCGAAUAACAAGCUAUGCGCCUUACAGCGCCUCCGACUGCUCAGUAAACGACUCGUAAAAUCAGAGGACUUGUUGCAAAUAUACACGAAAACUAUGAAUGACUACAUUGAGUCUGGAUAUGCUGAAGAGGUUCCGGUCAAGGAUGCAGCCUAUUCUUGGUACCUUCCCCAUCAUCCCGUUUUCCACCCAGCCAAGCCAAAUAAGAUACGUGUGGUCUUUGACUGCGCAGCUAAAUUCUACGGAAUCUCCCUAAACGAUCAACUACUCUCCGGACCUGAUAUGACCAAUUCGCUAAUCGGGGUACUUUUGAGAUUCAGACAGGAGAAAGUCGCCAUCAUGGCCGAUAUUGAAUCGAUGUUCCAUCAAGUUCGGGUGCCUGAGAUAGACCGUGACGUUUUAAGAUUUCUCUGGUGGACGAAUGGUGACUUAUCGCAACCACCGAAAGAAUUCCGGAUGACCGUACAUUUGUUUGGAGCUACAUCCUCCCCCAGUUGUGCAACCUUCGCGCUUAACAGAGCCAUCACUGACAGUGCGGAAAGCUGUGAUAAAGAUGUCCUCGAGGAGGCGAAAAGAUGCUUCUAUGUGGAUGAUUGUUUGGUCAGUGUGCGAAAUGAGAACGAGGCACUCCGGUUUUCACAGCAGCUAAGGUCAAUGUUAUGCAAGGGGGGCUUCAAACUGCACAAAUGGAAGAGCAACAGUGUCACUUUAAUGACGUCCAUACCCGAGUCGGAACAGGCCACCACCCCUAUAGAGCUGGGUCGUCGGGAUCCCGCAAUGCACCUAGCACUCGGGGUGGGUUGGGACCUUGAACGAGACGAAUUUCGCUUCUUUGUGCGUCCCAUGACCAAACAGUUCACUAGGAGGAACCUACUUUCACAUGUUUCGUCUUUCUUUGAUCCGAUGGGAUACAUUACCCCAGUGACGAUACUCGCAAAAAAAGGUCCUGCAAAAUUUAUGUAA